UCGCACCACCUGCUGUCAAACGGCGGAUGGCCAGAAAGAUUUGGAAUGGUUAUCGAUCCGGUUAACCGGAUGGCCGCAUCGCGGUCGAUGGUUUUCGUGGUGAGGACGGAUGGCAAUUGCAACGUGAGCCGCAAACAUGGGGGCUGCUGUUUUCAACCCUGAGGUCUCCCGGCGGUCCACGAAGGCAGCGCAAAGCCGUUUGUGCAAUUAUUCCCGAUCAAGCAGUUUUGUUAGAGGCUACAGACUCGAGGUCCGGGCGUAGACGUGCAAGAUGCACAAUAUAAACAACAGCAAGAUACAAAUAUACGGAUACACAAAAUGUCAUCAUGUUUUCCCAAAAGCGUCAUCCAAGUGGCGUGCAACUGUGCCAAUGUCUCUUGCACUGGUUCCUAGCACUUGUUUUACAAUACCGGAUGAUUUCAUUGUUUGAGUCAUUCAUCCCACUACUAUAUCCUACUAGUGCGCUGAAUUGGUCAUGUGCUAGUACCGCACUAGUAGAAUACGCAGUACGUUUUUACCUCAAGUGUCUCGACAUUUCUGUGCACUAGGUGAACAACUGUGCCUUAGAGUAACAUUUGUCCACUACGAGGGGCACUUUUAGCCUACAGUACACGAUAAAAUAUUUGAUAUCAGCUUCAAGUCCAUGAUGAACGAGUAUAUUGUGCUCUAGGAAAUUCAGCGUGAAAUUGUUUUCCCUCCAACUUGGCCCAUUUUUGAGCAUUUGUUCAAUAUCCUUGAGCUAUAGCUUAAGGACCAUGUACCAGUCCGCUCUUUGUUAUCACUAGUAAGACAAUUAAGUCCACUAGUAGAAGGACUAGAGCGCACUGGUAGAACAAUUACAUGUUACUAGUGUGGCAGACCUGUGCAUUAGUUUAUGUGUGCUAUUAGGAGAACUAGUGAAGCACUACUUGUUAACUCGUAGAAUUUUACGUGCCACUAGUAAUACUAAUAGCAUGCAAUUGUCAACAAAUGCACAGAUUUGCCUCACAAGUAACAUGCAGUUGUUCUACUAGGGCACCCUAGUCAUUCUACUAGUCCACUGAAUUGUCUUAUAUGGCAUGUUUUUUGAGUAUUUAUUCAAUAUCCUUCUUGUGCUGCGAAUUGUCCACGUACUACUACACACUCCUCACUUGUAUGACAAUUGGCAUGUACAAUAACAUGUAGUUGUUCUACUAGUGCACCCUAGUUUUUCUACUAGUGUGCAGAAAUGUCAUACAGUUGUGGAAGGCACUAGUGUACAAAAACAGUUCAGGGUGUACCCCGCCUCUCGGCCAAAAGUCAACUGGGAUAGGGUCCAGUCCACCUGCGACCGUCACCUAACUAAUGAGGACAAGCGCUAUUGAAAAUGGAACAGUAGGAUGGAGUUAGUUGUUCUAUAUUUGUUCUAUAGACACCCUCAAGAUGUCUCUGCUCCUCUGGCAUCAGUUCUCCUGGGAUUGAUUCAGUGGCAGGAAAAUAAAGUACGAAAUGGAUGUGGGCAUGUUUUGUAGCUUUCUGACAUUUAUAUGAGUGAGAGUGAUGGGAUGCCGACCACUUGGGUGGGCUACAUACGAGGAAAUCUCAUCAUUUGAUUGACAAUGUGGGUGAGGCGUCUUAAUCGAGUGGGCGUCGUAAAUAAAUAUGAGAUUGCGAGACUGCCUCAUUUUCACACAGGUUUUAGUAAUUAAGCUGAACAUAAUGACUAGGUCGCUAGCUAACAGCAGUUCUACAGCGCACUAUCCAAAAGAGCAUGUCUGUGGCAUUAAUCCGAGCAACAGAAAAUUCAUUUAAUUAGCCAGUCCCUCAACCAUCAUGUUAACUACGUACGAAUUUACAAUGUCGAAUUUAUAAUAAUAAAUAUAAAUCAAAGAUAAAACAUAAAACGGUUAAACAUAACAUAGCUUAAAACCAAUAAAAUAAAUAAAUAAAAACAAGACACUGAAACAAGAGCAGAGUCUCAAGAUAAGGAGGACAAACGAGGAAUAAAAUUGUGUUUUAAGGCGGGUUUUAAAAUGUAUGGUGAGGGUGCUUGUCUAAUAUGCACCGUGAAGUCAUUCGAUAAUUUGGGACCAGCAAUAGAAAAAAGCUCCAGAAGCAGCUGGUGUGGUACCAGGCAGGAGCGUAGGGAUGGUGCAGUUCGGAGAGGUAAGGCCAUUCUCUAAAGACCAUUUAGAGAAUUGAAAACUUAACAGCUGAAUCAUAACAUGAACUACAAAGUUCACAGGCAUCCGCACAGAAUAGGAGGUAUGUGUUCCGGUUGUGAGGCGAACAGCAGCAUUUUCUACCAACUGGAGACAAUUGAGGGAGGACUGGCUGGCUCCAAAGGAAAGUGCAUUUCUGUUGUCCAACAGAGAUGUGAUGAAGGCAGUGGAAAAAAGCUCCAGUUUGGGGAAAUGUCCUCACACAAAUCAACAUAGAUGCUUAGAUUUUGUCAGUCAUGCUCGCAAUAGUGUUUCUAUGGUAACUUGGGACUGUCCUGCCCCACACAACACAAAAAGAGCACGGAGAGAUGGCACAGAGGUAAUGAAUACAGCAACAGCCUUAUAAAAUAAUAUUCUGGAUAAAAUAUUAACUACAUAUGGGAAGAAAGCUUGAGAAAUUGUGUGCAAAGUGGUGCUAGCUAACUGGACUGUGGAAGCAUGUCGACUGUCUCGUGUGACAGGCUAAGGGUUGUGUGCAAGUGGUUACCAUAUCAGCGCAGUCAGAGACUUCCGUGCAAGCCCCGCGGCUCAGUGAGAGUUUGUGAGGGGGAAAAAAACCCAACAACAUGUCAGUUUAGAUCCGGUCAUGUGUGAUCAUCACCCCCUUCUCAGCCUGAUCUCCUUGCGACGCCUCCACGCGGCUCGUUUGUUUGUUUAGUUCCACUAAAGAACGGUUGCUGUUGUCCAUGGCAACAAGCAUCAUUGACAUUCCUCGGCUCACGCUGCAGGGAGGCGUCUUGGUUCCUUUUUCGCUCAGGCUGAGAGGCGACGGGAAAAGAGGAGGCUUUGUCAGAGGAGGUCGGCACUUACAUUGUGAUGAGUAGCUGCAUACGAAGGUGGGCGGCCUGAGAACCACCUGCAGCAGUGCAAAGUCCAAAUGCAGCACACGGAUUGGAGGCAGAGAUCAUGAGGUCAAUGAAAAGAGGUGUCAGAUAGUUGAAAAUGCUUACCCUUUUCAAUCGCACAUAGGGUUGCAAAUGAAGCAAACAUUUACGAUACAUUUUUAUUGGCCCUACACGUGAAGACGAGUGGUAUAGAAAAUGAAUGGCUGGAUAGGAAACUUUCCUUAGGAAUUCUUGAGAAUUUAUGGGAAUUGACUGGGAAUUGAGGGUCAUUUCAUGGAAAUGUAUCAUCUUCAUACGUAAAUAUAAACAUUUAGUUUUGUCAUAAGCCGAUCUCCUUGCCUGCAUCAGAAGGCGUUGGCUGCUAUCAGAUUCUGAUGUUUUCAUAACCUUGUACAAAAAUAUCGCAGUUUCAAAGCAUCACAGUAUUGCGAUUAAAGCUCCAAAAUGUAUUAUUUUUGAAUGUUUGAGUAAAUAACUUUUUACAUUGAAGGCAAUCUAUUUUAUUUUUAGACAACAUAGACUAUUUGGCACAUUAAUAAAUGUAAAAAGAAAAUAAACAAUUCGCUUUUUAUGACUAAAAUCCAAAUGUAGUACAAAAGUAAAAGUACUUAUUUCUCAGAAAAUGAGUAGCUACUUCUCUGCUCCACUCCGCUUUGUGAAGUAAUGUCAGAGCAGAAACGAGCCUACGUUAGCAAAGCUAGUUAGCCAUCUUGUCUGCCUCGGUAGCAAGUCUAUAGUAUUUGUUUCACCAAUUGUAUAAAUUUCACGCGCUAAAUUUUGUAACUGGUUACAAAUGUUUAUAUCAAGACAGCUUUGUAUUAAUAAUAAUGUUACUUUGAAUUUGUCGAAGAGUAAUUGGUGGCGAUCUUGUAAAUGUGAUAUUGUAUUAGAAGUAUUGCCUCCUCGAGCAGCCACUCUUCGUUGGCACAUUUUGCAUAUUCUUGCACAUACCAACAACAUGAAAGGGAAGGGUCGUGUCCCUUUGUCUUCACCGACUACUCAAAAAGCAAACAAACAAACAGCACUUACCGCUGAUGGAAAGUUUGAGUGCUUUUGAAACCAUGACUUUUGAAAACAAUAAUCGGCUACAGUACAUUGCAGAACCUCAAUUGCUCCAUGUUUUCUUUUUUCUUCUUCUUUCAUUUCGCUCAACCGGCGGCGUAUCCAAAGCUCGCUUGUAACUCAAAUUAUGGUUCGCAACACAGGAAAAAGCAUAAAAAAUCUACCAAGUGACUGCUUGUAUGUAAAAAAAAUACUGGUAAAUUAGGACUACUCAUAAGUCAAGGCACCACUGUACAUGCAUUUUCCACAAAUAAACAUUUUCAAAAUUCCAGGUUUAUACCCAUUUAGUUACAUUAUUUCCCAUGGAAAGUUUCAACCUUUAAAUUUUGUGCCCCGAGUUGUACCACCAUGUCGUGUGUGUCAGGUUUAGACCUGUCUUACACGUGAUGCCACACAGUCACGCUUUCCACAGCAGCCUCAUAUCGAUCCACAUCAGCUGGUCUCUGGACAGUAACAGUGAGCCGCAAUAAUCUAGUAGAGCCACUCAGAGCUUGCCGUGCCCGCUUUUUGUUGCCUGUGACUUCACAUGGCGUGCGAAUACAACAAAGAGGUCGCUGGGUGCAUUGAGUCAUUUGAGGAUGAGAUGCUAAGGAGAUACCGUCAGGUCAGCGUGAAGGCAUGCAGCCGACCGGUGCUCCAUAGUCUCCCCAUACGCUGGCCUCUCAUCUGAUCACCUCUCAUCCUUCAUUUCGUGGGUUCUCCAUUCUUCUUUUUGCUCAUCAUGACGACCACCCUGGAAACACUGCAGACUCGCCCCGAACUGGAGCUGAGCCCCAGGCUGCUGAACGGAUGCGACGACUCGGUUGGCCGCUACAAAGUAGUUCCCUCCGUAGUCUGCUCCAUGUGCUGCCUCUUUGGUGUCAUUUACUGCUUCUUUGGCUACCGCUGCUUCAAGGCUGUGAUGUUCCUGACAGGCCUGAUGUUUGGCUCGGUUGUCAUCUUCAUGCUCUGCUACAAGGAGCGCGUGCUGGACACCCAGCUGAGUGUGGAGGCCUCGGUGGGCAUCGGCCUGGGCAUCGGCACGCUGUGUGGCCUGGUCACCAUGCUGGUUCGCAGCGUGGGCCUCUUCAUGGUCGGCCUGCUGCUCGGCCUGCUGGUGGCCGUGGCCACCUUGGUGGGAAUGGAGGAGCUUUCCCACAGCCCGCCACGCUCUGUCUGGGUGCCUCUGGGCGUGCUGCUUGGCCUGGGCAUGCUCUUUGCCGUGCUCACCCUCCAGUGGCAGCGCAUCUUCACCACGCUGUCCACAGCCGUUUUCGGCGCAGCUGUCAUCACCGUAGCGCUGGACUACUUUGUGGAGCUCUUUGCGCUCGUUCUGUACAUGUACGAGCGGAUGAAAGCCGUCCCCGGGAAGCCAGUUUGCUGGCUUACGUGGGUGGUGCUGGGGGUGUGGCCUGCGCUCACGCUGUUGGGAGUCGUGGUCCAGUGGAAGGUGACUGCUGAAGGCUACUCGCAUACCAAGGUCAUCAUUAGUCGUCAGCAGAGGAGGAUGCAGGUGAUGCGAAUUCGCCAACGGGAUGACCGCUACCGCCACAAGAAGAAGAAGAAGAAGCAUCUCGGGUCCUCCUCCAACCAAAGCCAAGCCAAGCAACUCCACCAGGAACCUGCCCAUCGCCGCAAGCCAAACCCAAUUCGCCGCUAUGACACUGAUGUCCUCUCACCUAGCUACAUCCAGAAUUUCCGGGACCGACAGGUGCAGGCUCAGCCUUUCCCAGGACAGCUCCUCGGUGGGCCACACGCCGUGGUGGAAGUGGGCUACGAAUCUGGCUCGACGGCGCCCCUCACUGGGGCCACGGGACCUUCCCUACGACUCUAAUACGUUACCUUGACUCAGUCAAGAAACACUGACUGUACAUGCACCUGUGCGUGCACACCCGUGCCAGUUGUAUCCAUGCACAGUGGAUGGGGAAACGCUUCCACUCAUGACCUCCUCUCACUGCAUGAUUUCACUCACACGCUGAAACACACAAACACACAUACAGCAGCUUGUAUGUGAUGGGUCGUCAUCUGUUUCAGCGCCUCAGAUCACAUCAGGGAUCAGAAUGCAGACCCAACUCAGGCACUGGCAUUCUCACAACAACAAAAACAGAUGAUCUUCAAUCUGCAGGUCCCUUGUGCCAUCUGAAUUCCAUUAGUCAACUUUCUAAUGGGCCUUGUCCCUCUUGGUGCUGGACCAUAAUGUCUUCAAGUGGAUUUUGCUGUAAUGGGUGCCUUGCUCCUCCUGUCACUAUGGAGGGGUGUUCUGCCAGCGUUUGGGUGCUCACACAGGGUCACAUUUGAUUCGGGGCUUAGCUUGUUGUCUUUACCAUGCCAGGACCUGUGAGGAGAGAGUGCACGUUGAGCCAACUACAGUUCUAGAAAGCCAUAUGGAUAGUGGCACUUUGCCACAACUCUCCCAAACACACAUGCUGGAAACCACAGACACAAUUUCUCACAGCUUGCAUUCAGUGCCACCUUCACACAAUCUCAUCAGAACCCCAAAGAUCAUUUUGAGCUCUAUCAUGCUCAAGCUCAGUGUUUCUCAAAUUUUACUGAUCCAACCCACAUAUUUUACAUUACAAAAAUCUCACGGCACACCACCAAACAAAAGAUUUUACCAAAAGUACUGUAUAUAUGUACUGAAAUAAUGAUGGUCUCAUCUCAAUUUACUCAAUGUGAAAUGUGGGUCUAUUUAGUUAAGCACAUUAUUCUUUUUUUUUAUGAAUGGCAACAGGUGAAUGCACCGGUUAAAUGGAGCUCCCGCUAGCAAAGUGACAAGUGGCCACCAUCUUUAUGGAAUUUUCUAAAAAACAUGGAAUGAGCACUUUAAAUGCCUCUAAACUUAUCCAUUACAAAUAAAUUGACGAAAAUAUCAUGGAUGACUAAAGUAAAUUACAUUUCUCAUUCUCAUGAAAAAGUGUUGGAUAUGCGCAGUUUAAGUUGAGUUUUUAGGGCAAGUGACACCGUUUGAAAUGUAAUUUUGACGCGUCCACUUGGAGGGCCCCUCGAAAUUUAGGCCCAGCUUGUUGUUGGAUACUUUUAUCUGAAACUUGUCAGCCAGUUGGAGAAGAGCUUUCCCGAGUAGCAGAUGGAACGAAAGGGUUGAGGAGAUAUGUUGAAAAAUAAUUACAUUGUACUGUUUCACUCUAAUUUAAAGGCAUUUUUGACCAGAUUUUCAAAAGGCGAUAUACAAAAACGUUCCCCAAAAAGCCAAUUUUUUCCAAUACAAAAUAAUAACUAUCUUUUUCUUGAACCUAUCAUCUGAUUUUCAAAAUCCUUGGUGCAUUGUACUCAGGUUAAAGGGGCCAUUCCAACCAGACUCAGCAUUUUGACACUCAUUUUUAGGAAAUCUUGUCACAUUGCUACUUCUACCAAGUAGUGGAAUAGCGAAAUGCUUGUUCUGUCUUGUCACUUUAUGUCGCUGGCAUAGCUUGAUGCACAAACAUACAUUAUUUGCAGUAAAUACAUUUUCGGACCAAUGAAUAGAAAUGGGAUAAUUUCCCAUGGCACACCGGAUGAUCUCUUUCACACUAAUGUGGUUGGGAGUUACUUCUAGCUUCAAGCACUUGAAGCAUUCUGUUUCGGUUGGAGCGUUGAGGUUUAAUGCAUUGCUUCUAUGGUCAGAUACGUUUCACCUUCUGUUGUUGUCACAAAGCGACCUGUUAACAUCAUUAAGUGUCAGAGAGGCAGAUUAGGCUGUGGAGAGUCCCUUAAUGGCAUCAUUUCUGUAAAAAUAUGAGUCUUGACCUUUGUAAAAGCAAGGAGAGAAUGUAAAAUACAUUAUGUUUGCAUGAACUAAAGCCCCCUCACGCAUGAUAGUGGCUUCCUUUAGUCUCCAAAAACCCACAAAACCCUCAGUGUGCACCCAAGUCAACUUUUACAGAAGAACAAAUUGUCGUCUUUCUCUGUUAUCCUUCCUUUGGUUGGACUCUAUAAGGAAACAAUUGUUUUUCCAUUGGGAUGUAGUUUUAUUCCAACACUAAAGCAUGCCUUCCUGUGGCCCAGUGUGCUGUCAGUGUAUGGGAGUUGUUGUUGUUUUUUUUUUGACACAUAAAGUUCAAUGUAUUUAUUUUUUAUGAUUGCAGAUUGAACAUCUCAAGAACUCAUUGGUGCACAGAUACCCAUUUGAGUUGCUCACACUCUCCAACACUUCUCUCAGCCCACACAUCAAAAGACUUUUAUCUCCUCCAUCUGUCUACUCUUGAUAACAUGUUCUCUAACCUGUCUGUAUAUGUAGAAAUAUGUAGAUAAAAUCCAUUGCUACAUGCACAAACACAUUGAUAAUAAACUGGUGAUGUUAAUCACAUCACUGUUGGUUUA